AUGCAUCCAACCCCCCCUGCUAAACUUCCAUCUCGUAAUCCAACCCGCUCCUUCUGGAUCGAUUCCUCCCCGGACGCAAAUCCACUCGCUGGCGAAGGCAGCCAGGAUCCUCUGCCAAGCGAGGCAGACGUGUGCAUAAUCGGGGCUGGUAUCACCGGUGUUGGCGUCGCGUACCACCUUAUCGAACUUUUGAAUGAUGCCUCGUUUUCUGUCAAACACCCGCUCAGUAUCAUGAUACUCGAAGCGAGAGAUUUCUGCUCAGGAGCGACCGGAAGGAAUGGUGGACAUCUUACGCCAACCGCUUUCCCCAAGUUUGCUCAACGUCAAGCAUUAUUUAAUACGAUCGAGGCGAUCAAGUCCUAUAAACUUGAGCAAUACACCGUUUCUCUGCUUGUCAAAAUCAUAGAGGAGAAUGGCUGGGCGAGCGACAUCGACCUCGUAGAAGGUGGACACAUAAAUAUCUUGUUCAUGGAGAAGGAAGCAAAAAAUAAGCGCAAGGACUUCGAUAUGGCACGUCAAGCGCAGCUCAAUCUAGAUGGUGUAGAAUGGCUCUCGAAGGAAGAAGUUGAGGAGGAAUAUGGCGUCCCAUACCCAGGAUUCCGCAAGCCAGGAUAUAAUGUCUGGCCGCUGAAACUCGUCACGAAGUUGUACCAGCAUGCUCAAGCACACGCUGGGAAAUACGCCUCCCUCAGUUUGCACACUCGGACGCCGGUGACUGCAGUCACGCAUGAAACGGCUUCCACCCAUACAGUCGUGACGAACCGGGGUAGCAUAUCGUGCUCUCGCGUCGUUCAUGCCACGAAUGCAUACGCCUCCCAUCUCCUUCCCUUCCUCGCAGGUCCAGAUGGAAUUAUACCCACUCGAGGACAAGUAAUGGCCACUCGUACUUCUGUAGGUACAGAUCAAAUUAAGAUACCGAGCUGGAGCGGAAACGAAGGGUUUGUAUACUGGUUCCCCCGACCUGUAAAACACGACACAGAAAAACCGUUGAUCAUCAUCGGUGGUGGCCGGGAUACUGCGGCACCCAGUUACGAGCUAUAUGUGGAUGAUGACUCCGAAACGCACCCUCUUGUUGGGAAAGCGCUUCGUGAGUUCUUGCCGCCUGUAUUCGAAGGUAAAUAUGACCCCAACUCAGAGCCUGAGAUGGAAUGGACUGGUAUCAUGGGCUACACGAAGAUGGGGGACCCCUUUGUUGGUCCCGUAGCAGACUUGCUCGUAGCUAAUCCAAACAAAGACCUGUACAAGAAACAGUACAUCGCCGCAGGAUAUGCCAGUCAUGGAAUGACGCGCGCAUUUGGAUGUGCCGAUGUCAUCGCGCAAAUGAUUUUUGCUGAGAUUUCUGAUAAAGAGUGGAAGGAGCCUGAUUGGCUUCCACAGCGUUAUCUGACAUGGAAUAGACGAAUUGAGUAA